AAAUCUGUGAGCUGCGAUGCUUGGAUACAGCUGGCAGCCCUGACUCCAGCACAAUACAUACACAAAUGAAGCUGCUUUGAGACACAUUUAGGCUGUGUGUGAGUAAAAGGUCUAUACUCCCUACCCUGUGCCAGAUAGGAAGAUUGGUGUUUUCAUCAUGAACUGAAAAUGGAUACACAGUACCAUCCAAUCAUGAAGUUUCCUACAGGAUUCAGCAAUGCUCCACUUCAUUCACAUUCAACAUCAGUCAACUCCUCGUCUAAUCUGGCAGCAAUGAAUUGUCUAGAUGUGCACCCAGGAUACAUGGGAAAUUCCCUUAAUGGCCCACGGUCUAUGACAACAAAUAUGAAUUCCAUGUGCUCUCCGGGCAAUAAUAUAGGCUCUCCAUACAGAGUGAUUGCAUCAUCCAUGGGUCCACACUCCAUGCCUUCUCCAACCAUCCUCAAUUACCCUGGUCAUGAGAGUCCACCAUUUAACUUGAUGAACAAUAUAAGCUGCUCGGAAGACAUAAAGCCUCCACCAGGUCUAAACAACCUUGGGAGUCCAUGCAUGAACAAUUAUACAUGCGAAAGCCCAGGGGCAUUAACCAAACACAUCUGUGCCAUCUGUGGGGAUAGGUCCUCAGGCAAACAUUAUGGGGUGUACAGUUGUGAAGGAUGCAAAGGUUUUUUCAAACGCACAAUAAGGAAAGAUUUGUUUUACACAUGUCGAGACAGCAAAGACUGUUUGAUUGAUAAGCGUCAGCGCAAUCGAUGCCAGUAUUGUCGCUAUCAGAAGUGUCUAGCCAUGGGUAUGAAGCGGGAAGCAGUCCAAGAAGAAAGGCAUAGAAGCCGAGAGAAAAGUGACACAGAGGCAGAAUCUACUAGCAUUACAAGUGAGGAAAUGGCAGUGGAGAGAAUUCUGGAAGCAGAGCUGGCAGUGGAACCGAAGAUAGAAGCAUUUGGAGACGCUGGUUUGCCAAAUUCUACAAAUGAUCCUGUCACCAAUAUAUGCCACGCCGCAGACAAGCAACUCUUUACCCUGGUUGAAUGGGCCAAAAGAAUUCCACAUUUUUCAGAUUUGCUUUUAGAAGACCAAGUAAUUCUGUUGAGAGCAGGUUGGAAUGAAUUACUUAUUGCUUCCUUCUCGCACCGCUCAGUGUCUGUGCAGGAUGGAAUUCUUCUGGCCACUGGUUUACAUGUCCACAGAAGCAGCGCACACAAUGCGGGAGUAGGCUCCAUCUUUGACAGGGUGCUAACUGAGUUGGUUUCUAAAAUGAAAGACAUGGAAAUGGAUAAAUCGGAGCUGGGAUGCCUGAGAGCUAUUGUUCUGUUUAAUCCAGAUGCGAAGGGACUGUCCAAUGCUGCAGAGGUUGAGGCACUGCGUGAAAAAGUCUACGCCACUUUAGAAUCCUAUACCAAGCAAAAGUACCCAGACCAACCAGGAAGGUUUGCAAAAUUGCUGUUAAGACUUCCAGCUUUGAGAUCUAUUGGACUUAAGUGUCUGGAGCACCUUUUCUUCUUCAAGCUCAUUGGAGACACACCCAUUGAUACGUUUCUUAUGGAGAUGCUGGAAACACCUCAUCAAAUUUCAUGAUGAUAUGGAUUCAUACCUCGGCUAACAGGACCUGUAACAAAGCUUUUGCAUAUUUCUGUGCUCUAAUUGCUCCGCGUCCUGCUUAUCCGUGGAAAUGACGCAGGUUAUAUACCACGGUGACGUGACCGUGGUCUUGCCUAUAAUUGUCUUGGCACAACAUAGACAUUGCAUUCGUGCCAUAUUCAGUAGCUGUCACCCGGUCACCUGUAUUGUGCAGGUGCAUGUUUUUUUGCUGCAAAAUUGUGGAUUAAAGCUGCAAUACUGUUACACUCAUGGCAAAUGGGAUAUAUUUCCCCAAUGGAGACGAGCUUGGACCUGGCUUAUAAAGAGAGAGGAUUCAUGAUAUGAGAUCUAUCAGUCGGGAUACUGUUAGAAAACAUUUAACCAGCCUUGGCUAAGAGAGAAAGCUCUAGUAGUGACCUUUGUUAUUUUUCUGAAAGGUAUUGCUGGACAUUCUAUGGAUUGCAUUUUAAUAUUCUACAGACUCCCAGUGGAUACAAAUCUAUUUUGUUAUGCAUUGUGCUGUGGUUUUUUUUAAAUGUAAUUUUUAAAUGUAACGUAUAUAAAUGUAAAGAUUUGUAAUUCCCUGUAAAGCCCUGCACAGUAACUCAUGGUUAUAUGCAAGGUUAAAAAAAAGAAAACCCAAGACAAAACAAUAUGUAGGGGAGCCUCUAAUGACUUUUAAGAAAAUCUGUUACUACAGAUCAUUAUAGGCUGCACAUUUACCAUUAAAUAGCUCAUCCAAGAGAUGGUAUUUAAAACAUUUAAAUCAUUAUCAAUUAAACCAGUCAUAUGUUGGGUGUCUUGUUUUAUAUUCCUUUUUAUUUCUUGCCUUGUAAUGUGUUCAUAAACAGUUCAACUCUGA